UACACGCUGCGCAUCGUCUCGAAGCGCAAGGUCUUCGCCAAGAGCUGGGACCAGGGCUUGUUGCGCGAGCGCGCGAUCCUGACGUCGAAGAUCGGCGAGAGCCCCUUCGUCGCCCGGUGCCUCGCGACGGGCUCGAAUAGGGCCAAGUGCGUCGUCUUGGCGGAAGCGUUGCCCGGCGGCGACCUCUACGGCCUGCUGCACGAGCCGGGCGACGACCUCGACGCGCACCACCUCUUCGGCGGCGACACGCCGGCCGUGCGCUACUACGCCGGCUGCGCUUUACGGGGCGUCGAGCAUUUGCAUUCCCACGGCGUCGCGCACCGCGCGGUCGCGCCCGAGCACCUCUGGAUCGACGCGCGGGGCGCGCUCAAGCUCCACGAGCUGCCCUGCGCCGUGCGCCUGGCCGCGGCGGACCGCACGAACACGCUCUGCGGCGUGCCCGAGUACGUCGCGCCCGAGGUCGUCCUCGCCGCGGGCCACGACCACGCCGUCGACCUCUGGGCGCUCGGCGUUUUGGUCUUCGAGCUCGUGUCGCGGCGCGCGCUCUUCGCGCGGAGCGGCGACACGCCCGCGCGCCUCUUCGCGCGCGUCGUCGACCCGGGCAAGACGCUCAAGUCCGUCUGGUCCGCGACGUCCAACUACGCGGCGCUCGUGACGGGCCUCGUGAAGCCGCGACCCGCGGAGCGCCUCGGCGCGAAGCACGACGGCUUCGCCGAGCUCUGGGACCACAAGUUCUUCCGCCACGUCGACCCGACCCGCGACCUCGGGCCGGACAGGGCGCCCUGGACGCCGCCGCGGUUGCAGGGCGCGAAGGACUCGCCCAACGACCCGCUCCAGCACGACGACGACGACGACGACGACGACGAGCUCCCGCUCCCGCCCCUCUCCUUCCUGCCCGGGUACUAG